AUGGUGGCAACAGGUUCACGAGCCAAGCCAGUCAAGCGCUUGAAAAAGGGCACCGAAACCACCAAAUCGCACCGAUUCGAGCCCUUCUCGCAGCGCAUCGCGAAGCUCAAAAUCGACCCGAUCCACCGCGUGCGCCGGGCGAGCUUUGGCGAAGAUGAAGACGAGACGUCCUCUUAUUUCCGGUCCGCCCUCGACCACUGGGCCGAGAUGAACCUAUCAGACAAUUUCACACAAUUCACACGGCGGGUCAAUCUUCUCUCUGAGAGUCUUGCGCAGAUCCUGUACCACGAAGAGAAAAUCAUGAGUCUGCUGGUGGAGUUUAUUGAGAAGAGGGACCAACUAUGCCUGGAGCCGCUGAUGAGCUUGCUCGCACAAUUUGCGCGGGACUUGGGGGUUCGAUUCGAGAAACAUUUCUCUGCGGCAGUGACACUAGUGGCGUCGGUUGCCGCGACGCACGCCGACGUCGAGGUGGUCGAGUGGAGCUUCACUUGUCUUGCAUGGAUCUUCAAAUUCCUCUCGCGUCUGUUAGUCCCGGAUUUGCGACAGUUGCUCACUAUCAUGACUCCAUACCUCGGCAAAGAACGCCAGAAACCGUUCGUUGCUCGGUUCGCCGCCGAGUCGAUGUCGUUUCUGAUCCGCAAGGCUGGCCUUGUGUACUACAAAAAUAAGGCUCCACUUGAAAACGCCGUAUCCUUUUUGUUCGACGACAUUUCAAAAGCGGCGGAUGACUCGAAGAAUGUGGAGACUUACAAGGAGGGGUUGAUGAGCAUGUAUGCCGAUGCUAUCAAGGGUGUCAACAAUGGUAUUCACUCCAACGGCACCGAUAUUCUCCAUUGUGUUCUGGACAAAAUUCCUCCAUCCCAUGAAAAUCGCGAAGCACCAGCGGAGGUUGCUUAUGGCCUGGUGGUCAAUCUCAUCCACCACACAACCCCCGACACUUUUGGGCCUCUCCUUGAUACGGUCAAGGUCUAUAUAGAAGCUCGUUCCAAGGAAAGCAAGAACGAGAACCUUCCAGAGUGUUGCCAUUUGAUCUUUCUGAGCGUGGCCACUCGCAAAGCAUCCCGAGUUAAGGACUGGAAGGCCAUCCACCAAAUCCUAAUCUCUCUGCUUCAGCAAAUGUCGGUAUCGCUUGACAAGUACUCCGACGCAGCUCCACAGCUUCUUGCAACAGUUGCGUAUGCUCUGCAAAUGUCGCCAAUGAAUGAGCUGUUACCAUCCUUGCGUUCCCUCAUGGACCUGGUGUCCACGGGCCCUCUCUCGAAAUACUUCUUGUUCUUCUGUACGACAUUUUCGGAGUGGGGAUCGGAGCGAUUCCAGAGCUUGUUGCUUUCUUACUUUCAAAAAUUUAUCAACUCGUCCUGGCAAGAGCGAGAAUGGGAGACGUGCUUGACUCUUCUUUGUCUGAACCAAGCUGGUUGUAUCACCCCGGAAUCUUCGAAACCCGGUUAUCUUUCUUGUCCAAACGCCUUCAAGUCUCAAAUCCAAAAGUCACUGAAAUUCCCCACGAACGAUGAAUGCGGAUUAAAUGCGUUGGUGAAGCUUCCCAAAGCUAUAUCUAUGUUCGCAGACCCAGAUACCCUAUCUGAAAUGGUCCAAAACUUGCAUGACAGCCUUGAAUGCGCUCUCCGGGAGGCCGCAGAUACCAACACUAGACAAACCGAUGGCCUGACCUUCUUCAUUGGACAAGGUUUCAAGACCUAUGUCGAACUUGCAGUUCAAGCCGGGGAGCUUGACUCUGGUCUCUUGGACUCGAUUCUCGCGGCUGCGGCGAAUUUCUCUCGCUUGCCCCUCUUCUUGGAGGGCAAACCCACACUCGAGGACUUUGUCCGCGACUUGAUUCUUAACCUGGCCAGCCCAUCGCAUAGGCUGCGACUAGUUUCUCUUCAAAUCCUCCAGGAAUUGAUUGUCCGCAUCCCCAAAGACGACCCCUCCCCUGUUGCCUUGGCGAUUGAGAUUGAAGAGAGUCCUCUGACGCUGCAAAGUGCAAGGUCUCUUUCAAUGCAUGUCCGAAAACUCGCUAUCCUUUACCCACAAGUUGCCUCUCGCAAAUGGAUGCCCACUCUAAUUCCCUAUUUCUGUUUCGGUCUCUUCUCCAAGAAGCUGGCUCCGCUGUGGGAUGACUCUGCUGCCGCUCUGAAAACCAUCAGUGAGCACCCCGAAGGAGAGAAGAUCAUCUCGGAUUUGUCUAUCCAAUGGCUGCAGGAGCAAGAAUCCAGUGCCAGCGCAUCGAGCGAAGAUAAUGUGGAGGAAGAAAACGAGAACUCUUAUGUCUCAAGUCCUUUUGAAUGCUUCAAUGUUCGCAACGUUGAGGGCGUCAUCACUGCUAGCUUGAAGACCAUGGAGGAUCCAUACGGGCUCUUGUCGCGGCAGUUCAAAAAAGAGCAUGCUGUCGCAACUCUUGUCCCCGCUUACCCUCGCAGCCAGGCAUUGCGUGUGUUAAAUGCCACCCCUGGUGUAGCCGAGAAGCGCUCGCGUCAACUUGUGCCACUAUUUUUGUCGUGGGCACUACGCGAUGACCAGGACGAUGUCCCUUCCAGCAAUGAUACCAAGGUUGAAAAUGCUGAAAUGGAUCACAAGACCAAUCCUUGGGGUUUCCGUGACCGGCUAGCCAUGCUUGCUCUGUUUGGACAGUUUUUGAAUCCCAGAGUCCUUUACAAGGCCCCCGAAGUCCAUAACGCAGUGCUAGGACUCUUGUGCCAUGGAAACUCUGAGAUUCAAAAAGCCACGCUCAAGGUUCUCUUCACCUGGAAAAACCCGCAUGUUCUGCCGUACCAAGAAAAUCUCCUCAAUAUCUUGGAUGAAUCCAGAUUCAAGGAUGAGCUUGCAGUUUUCGUGCAUGUUGGUGGAGAAGACAGUUUGAUCGAACAGGAACACCGCCCUGUUUUGUUGCCUGUGCUUCUCCGACUGCUUUAUGGUCGAAUGAUCUCGAAGGCAGGUGCAAGCGCAGGCCAAGCCGGUCAGGCUGGAAGGCGGAAAGCUAUUCUGCGGACUCUGUCUCAUCUUUCUGAAGAAGACUUUGGGCUUUUCAUGCAACUCUCGUUUGGGCCUCUUGAAGCCCACAUCGUCAAGAAUAAUACGCCUGAUCUGACUGUGCUCUUGGAAGAGCUGACUAGCCCAAGAAGGCAGCUUGGUUUGCUCAAAAUGAUCGACACGGUCUUUGAAACUCUUCAAAGCCGUAUGACUCCUUACGCAGAGAAAGCGAUGAAUGUCAUUAUUUACUGCUUGGUGCGUGCCUGUCGGGCUAUUUACGAUGAGAGCAGUGCAAUCUAUGUGGACCGGAAGGAUGAACGCCUCUUGGCCGUCUACCAGAACAUUCGGCAGACGUGUAUCCGCUGUCUCAACCUGGUAUUCUCGAUCUCACCGGACCAGGACUGGACCCCGUACGUCCGUAUCAUCUUCGACGAAAUGAUCAACAGCAGGCUUGAGCAAUUCCCUAUCGAGACAGCACAAGGUGUCUCGGGACUGCUGCGACUGUUCCAUACCUGGGCUUCUACACCGAGGUCAACAUGGUACCUUGUUCAGCACAAUGAUGCAGUUUUGACCAAAGUGAUCGAUUGUCUUGGAGUCGAAUCAGCACGCGAUGAAGUCAAAAUCUUUGUCUUGGAUGAAGUUAUCGUACCCUUGGUUGAGCUUUCCAGUGGAAAGAAGCUGCAGGAGGAUGAAGAAAUGCCGGAUUUCCCAGCGGAGCAAAUUCGUUCCGAAGUUCUUGGUCCCUAUCUGGAGCAUGCUCUCUCCCACCUCAGCCCUCUUUUAAAGAGAGGCCCCUCGAAGCCUGUUUUGUUUUCGGGAGUAAACGCCUUGUCUCUAAUCGCACCUUGUGUUGAGUCUUCUCGGGAAACCUCUAGCCUUAUCAGCAUAGCAACCUAUCUGCUCCGACAGCCUGCGGACCGUGUCAGCCCUAAAACCAAAUCCGGCCUGUUACGCAUUCUCGAGCACUUCUUACCUCUAUACAAACCCCAAGAAGAUGCUGUGCUUUUUAAUCAAGUGUUCGAUGCUGUUUGUUCCACAUUUGACUAUUUCAAAGACGACGCAAACCGAGAAGUGCUGGCAAGGGUCUUUGCUGCUCUUGCCACCCACGACGAGCAGCUCACGGGCGUGGCUGAACUAUGUGCUGAUCUGAACUCCCGCUCCACCAAGAGGCUUGAACCCGAUUACGAGCGACGUCUGCAGGCUUUCACAAAGAUCAACGAGGAACUGUCCCACACACUGAAUGCCAAGCAGUGGCGGCCUCUCCUUUUCAAUAUGCUCUUUUAUGUCAAGGAUGAAGAAGAGCUUGCCAUCAGAUCGAGCGCAUCGUUUGGCUUGAGACGCUUUAUUGAUAAGGCGACUGCCGAAGAAAGCGCUGAUGAAUUCGAAGCUUUGGUGACUGACGUCCUUCUCCCUUCGCUGCAAUACGGAAUACGGCAGAGAUCUGAACUCAUUCGGUCCGAAAUUGUCUCUGUCCUUGGAUACUUUGUCCGGCUCAACCCCACCAGAUCAUCAGUGCAAGACAUGCAUGUGCUUCUUGUCGGUGAUGAUGAAGAAGCGUCUUUCUUUAGCAACAUUCUUCACAUUCAGCAGCACCGCCGGCUCCGAGCUUUGCGACGUCUGGCUGGAGAGGCAGCCAAGGGCGGCAUCCAGUCCUCCAACUUGGGAGCUGUCUUCAUUCCCCUGAUUGAGCAUUUUGUGUUCGAGGAGGCCGCGGAUGAAAACGCACACAAUCUGAUCGCUGAAGCUGUUUCCACCAUUGGUGCGCUCGCGGAAUGGCUGGAGUGGAGCCAGUUCCGGGCAAAUUUCCGUCGAUAUCGCAGUUACAUGCAAAGCAAGCCCGAGAUGGAGAAAAACAUCCUGAGAUUGCUGGGACGGAUGUCUGAUGCGCUCUCCAGUGCUAUGAAUCAAAAGAAAGAGACAGAAACCCCGGCCGAUGAAGAUGCUGACAAGAUGGAGAUCUCUGCGCCACCCAAGUCUGCGCUCGCCAAAACCGUUCCGUCUCUUGCCAAGGUCUCGACCGAGUUGACUACAAACUUCAUUCCCUUCCUGACCAACUUCAUUCAUCACAAGAACGAGGCAGAGAUGAGCUUGCGUUUGCCCGCCGCAGUCACUACAGUCAGACUACUCCAGAUUCUCCCUGAGGCGGACAUGGCUAUUCGUUUACCGCCGGUUCUCUUGGAUGUGUGCAGCAUUCUUAAGAGUCGGGCUCAGGACUCCCGCGACACAGCACGGAAGACCCUCAACGAGAUUGCCCUCUUACUGGGUCCAGUUUACUUCGGCUACAUCUUGAAGGAGCUGCGGUUUACUCUCGCGCGAGGCUACCAGCUUCACGUUCUUUCCUUCACUGUACACUCCAUUCUCGUGAUAACUACAGAUCACUUCAAGCAAGGUGAUUUGGAUUAUUGUCUGGCAGAUCUAGUCGCUGUCGUGAUGGACGAUAUCUUCGGCACAGUUGGCCAGGAGAAGGAUGCCGAAGACUAUGUCAGCAAGAUGAAGGAAGUGAAGAGCAGCAAGAGUUUUGACUCCAUGGAGCUUCUCGCGAAGAAUGCCACUAUACGCCACCUGUCGAAUCUUGUUCGGCCUCUGCAGUCCCUUCUGCGGGAGAAGCUCAAUUCCCACAUUGUCAAGAAGAUCGACGAGCUCAUGAGACGAAUCGGCAUAGGUCUCCUGAGAAAUCCUGGCGCUGAAAGUCGGGAACUGUUGGUGUUUUGUUACGAAGUUAUCAAGGAAUCGUACCAGGAUCACAACCCGAGUGACAAGCAAGCUGCUCCAAAGCCCGAGUCAGAGGAGCGCUUCCUGGUGAAGCUGCAAGGAGCCAAGCGCGGCGAGAAACGCGGUACGACCUCGUCCCACGUUUACAAACUUACUCGAUUCGCGCUCGAUGUUCUUCGUGCGAUUUUGAACAAGUUCGGCUCGCUGUUGACGGCGCAGAAUCUUUCUGGCUUCCUACCCAUCAUCGGCGAUGCAUUGGUCCAGGCCCAUGAGGAGGUGAAAAUCUCUGCACUUCGGCUGUUGUCUACGAUCAUCAAGCUCCCACUGCCAGAACUCGACCAGAACUCGCAUGUGUAUUUCACUGAAGCUGUGAAGAUUGUCAAGGAGUCGCCAAGCACCAACACCGAAGCGUCCCAAGCAUCGCUCAAAUUGAUCUCGGCUAUGCUGCGUGAACGGAAGAACACGAAGCUUCGUGACGGACACCUUGCGUACCUGCUCCAACGCCUGACAUCUGACAUCGAAGAACCGGAUCGGCAAGGCGUGACGUUUAACUUCAUCCGAGCCGUCAUGUCGCGAAAGUUCGUGGUGCCGGAGAUCUACGAACUCGCGGACCACGUUGCAACAAUGAUGGUGACGAAUCAAACUCGAUCUGCGCGGGAUCUCGCUCGGGGUGUCUACGUCCAUUUCUUGACCGAGUAUCCGCAGGCCAAAAACAGGUGGACAAAGCAGCUUGGGUUCCUCGCCAAGAAUUUAGACUACAAGCACCAGGAAGGACGACAGUCGGUUAUGGAGGCCGUUCACAUGUUGCUCUCCAAGACCGGUCCCCAGUUGGCGCAGGACAUCAUCAGCACUUUCUUCUUGCCUGUUGUUCUGGCCAUGGCCAACGACGACUCAUCCGAGUGCCGCGAGCUCGCGGGUGCCUUGCUGGGAGAGCUCUACAACCGGGCAGAUCGGGAGCAGAUGAAGACUAUCCUCAGCCCACUCCGGUCAUGGAUGGAGCAACCCGAUAAUAUGGCCCUGGGUAGUAUCGGGCUGCAAGCCAUGCGGAUUUACUUCGAAGCUGAAGAAACCGAGAAAGAGAAGGAGGCGCGAUUUGUCAUCGGCAUCCUCCCUGGUCUGAUGCAGCCGUUCCUCAACGAUCACGAGAACGGCAACUGGGAAACUCUUUAUUUCGCCUUGCAGCUGUUUACAAAGCUGUGCAAGACGGUUCCCGGGCUUGCCCUGAGCCCAAGCUGUGGUUCUAUCUGGACGGCGAUCCGGGAGUCAUUGUUUUUCCCUCAUACGUGGGUCAAAACCUGCGCUGCAAACCUUGUCGGCAUGUGGCUGGCGGAUGUAGCCAAGCAUAAUGCCACGACAGGUUACAGCUCGAUUCCUCUGGCAGGAAGUUCAGGUCUGGCUCUAGACAAAGAUGCCAUGCUCCAGCUUCUUCGUGCCAGUCUUCGCUGUCUGCGCACGCCGGGCAUCACUGAGGACCUCGCCAUGCAGAAUGUGCGGAACCUCGUUUUCCUCGGACGGUGCUGUGCGCAAAAUGAUCUGGAACUCCCCAAGCUGGGGGCCGAGGAUGCCGACUCUGACGGGGGUGAAGACGAGGACGAAGACGAAGACGCGGGUAGCGAAGUCAAUGGAGAACUGAACGGCGAGACGAAAACCGCCAACAACCCCAGGUCCGCCAUCCAUUACAUCUUCAAACAAAUCUCCUCUCUUUUGCGCCGCGAAACCCUCUCGACGCGGGCACACGCCCUCGUCCCCAAGACCGCGUCUAUUGGCCUUCUUGCCGCGCUUGUGCGCCACCUCGAGGCAGAGCAGAUCCACCCUUCGCUCUCUGUCAUCCUCCUCCCGCUGCAGCACCUGACCGACUCGUCCAUCCCCGCCCCGCGCUCCUCGGACGAGACCUUCCAGAAUACAUACAAAUCCCUGGUCUCAAACUGCCACGAGGUUCUAGAUCUCCUGCAGAAGAAGCUCGGCACCACCGAGUAUGUGGUCCAAAUGAGUCGGGUCCAGGAAACGAUCAAGGAGCGCCGCGAGGGCAGACGCAUCAAGCGUCGUAUCGAGGCUGUGGCUGAUCCGGAACAGUACGGUCGCGACAAGAAGAGGAGGAAUGAUCGCAAGAAAGACAAGCGCCGAGAGAAGGGAUUGGAGCACCGCGGGAAGAGACGCGGUUGGUGA